AUGCACCUUUACAUAUUUGGCGGAGGCAAGGCAGAGGAGAUAUCGGUGUCUGCUUCUCUCUUGCCGAGUGCAGAAGACAACGCGGCAUACCAGGAGGACCUUGUGCUGGAGGAUACGGUGUCUGCUGCAUAUGUAAGUAGACUGACGGCCGUAUUCUUAAACGAUCCUCGACUCGACUCCAUGGACAUAACAUGCGCUGGAAAUGCAUAUAGGAAUGGCACACACUUCCGAAGCCCGGGAUUUCCGGGUCCGUACGUCGAAAAGCGACUGUGCCGUGCAGCUGUACACAAGGUUCAUGCGGGCAUAUGCCAGAUGAGGCUGGACUUUAUCGUAUUCAAGAUUGACUCACCGGCGAAUGGUUCGUGCUUGACGGGCAAGCUUACCAUGACUGGGCAGAACCAUAACAUUAUAGUACCUGCGUUGUGCGGAAAUCUCACUGCUCAACACAUGUACCUGGAUGUCUCCUCUGCACGAGGGCCGUUGGUACUCGGUCUCGCUACAGCAGGUGCUACGCCGAGUGUCUUCGACAUCAAAAUCACGCAGAUUUCUUGUCGGGACGUGAACAAAGCACCGUCAGGUUGCCUUCAGUACUUCACAGGCAGCGAAGGCAUCUUCAGCAGCUUCAAUUACGCACUGUCCUCUCCGACUUCAAGAGGUGGAUACUUGAACAACCUCGACUACGCUAUCUGCUUUCGAAAGGAGAUGGGCCACUGCAGUAUAACGUACCGUGCACCAGGCCAUGAUGCCACUGAAAAUGUUACGUCGUCGUUCUCAGUGCAAGGUAAAUGGGAGGACAUAACAGAGGAAGAAGCCCCUGGCGCUGGGUACAUAGACUGCCCGCACGAUUACUUGUACCUGGCUGGUGUCCCGUACUGUGGGAACAGAUUGAAUCCUGAUGCAUUUGGCACUCCACUUACAGACGAAGACGUCGUAGGUGAGGCCAGACUUAUCUUUGACUAA